AUGGCCCAUUUGAUUUUUUGCAUUCUGUUUCUUCAUCUGAAAGCGGACCGGGGUCACGCCUGGGUGGCCAGUAACUUCCUGAUGACAGGACCAAAGGCCUACCUCACCUACGCAAAAAGCGUGCAGGUGGGCACGCAGAACGGGAUUGAGGAGUGCAAACAUCAGUUUGCGUGGGACAAAUGGAACUGUCCUGACAGCGAAACCCACCCCAAAGGUCUGAGAAGAGCCACCAGAGAAACAUCUUUCGUCCAUGCCAUCAGUGCUGCUGGAGUCAUGUACACUCUGACCAGGAACUGCAGCCUGGGAGACCUUGAGAACUGUGGCUGCGAUGUCUCCAAUAAUGGGAAAACUGGUGGCCGCGGUUGGUUGUGGGGUGGCUGCAGUGACAACUUGGACUUUGGUGAAAAGAUUUCUAAACAGUACGUGGACGCACAGGAGACAGGCCAGGACUCGAGAGCCGCUGUAAAUUUGCACAACAACGCGGCAGGACGGCAAGCCGUGAAGGCAACGACGAAACGCGUCUGCAGGUGCCACGGCAUGUCAGAGAGCUGCAGCCUGCAAACGUGCUGGACGCAGUUGUCCGAUUUUAGAGAAGUCGGCAAUUACUUGAAGGUCAAAUACACCCAGGCGCAAAAGCUGGACACCGACAAGAGGCGCGUGCGGGCCGGAAACAGCGCCGACGGCCGGGGAGCCAUAGUGGGCGCGUUCGGCGGCGUGGCCCGGACGGAGCUCAUCUACCUGGAGGACUCGCCCGACUACUGCAGGAGGAACGCCAGCGUGGGGCUCCACGGCACGGAGGGCAGGGAGUGUCUGCAACACAGAGCCGGGCUGAGCCAGUGGGAGCGCCGGAGCUGCCGCCGGCUGUGCCACGAGUGCGGCCUGAGGGUGGAGGAGAGGCGCACGGAGGCGGUGAGCAGCUGCAACUGCAAGUUCCACUGGUGCUGCAGGGUGAAUUGCGAGGACUGCUCUCAAGUCAUAGUCAAGCAUGUGUGCGCGAAGAGGGAAGCCGGGGACAGGUAUGCCGUCUGGCGGAGACACCGUGGACCCAAAUGAAAGACAUGAGUUUCUAAAUAUUUGUAUUUUUGACGGCAUAGCUGCACUUUCUAUUAAUCAAUCUCCGUGUUUUCGUUGCGCAUAUAUUUAUGUCGUUUUUUUUUUCUUUAAUAAAAAAAAUCUCUUAAAAAGUCCAGUUGUUUUUAUAAAUAAAUCCAUCACUUAAUACAUUCCUUCGCUACUGCAUCGAACUAACACAUUACAAUGAGAAUGGACUGAAUCCACUUGAAGAGAGGAUUACACAGCCAACACUCAGCAGAUCAACACCUCGCCAAGGUGUUGAUCCAGCGCUGAUCCACUGUCACUUUGAUGCCAAUGUGUAUUGACUGCAUUCAAAGACAGAUUAGGGAAUGCUUUCCAGGGAGAAGUAGAAGCAAUCUGACCUCAUGAUCCCUCUCUCAGAACUGGCUGCUGUGAGGGACAUGAGGGACGCCAAAUGUAGUCUGUCAAAUACAUUGUGGGUUAAACAAAUGUUGUUUUUUUGUUGUUAUGUUUUUUUUUUUAC